AUGGAGCAUAUAUAUGCGGCUCCCGCGCUUUCUGCCGCAAGGGGACCAUGGAACUUCUUCUCGAGCUUGUGGAUGGUUGUCUGCGCUGCUGAAUCUGAGUCAUGCAUUUGCGGCAACUUGAAGUCAGCAACACCAGCCCCACAUGCGCUGUACGGUGCCAUUUCCGCCCGUAUUCUUUGGGGCGCACGCCCUUCCUUUCAUUUCAAGUUUCUCUCCAUCCAACUCUUCGACACAUAUGGAAUCAUCUCUUUCGCGGGUCACGUGAUGACCAUGAUACUCGAGCAUGGCUGCGUCCCAGCAUUGCGGCCUGCUGCUCAAGGGACAUCUGGGUGUAUCUACGUCACCCUAUGCAGCUGCAAGUUUGGUCUUGGGGUCACCUGUGGGCAUUUGGAGGUGCUGCGGGACAGCCUAGUCACCCAUCUUGAGGUAUCCAACUCCCUGGCAGAUGUUGACUCGGAGCUGGACGGGAGAGCGAUUCCGACUCGGAGCCCGGUCGCUUUCCCAUUGCAGGUGUUGCAGAUUGGUCAGCCUACAGAGCGCCUCUCAACAUGUCUCAUUAACCAGCCACUGCUCUUCGCCCAUCUUUGCCGCCUGGAAAUAUCCUUUGACGACACCUCGCAGUUAUACUCAGCGUAUUCUAUCCUAAGGGCGCUCAAAUCACUGGAUCACCUCCAAUUGCAGUGUACCGCCGUCGACCGGAUAUACCUCCCGAUGCACUGGCCACUUAGAAAUCUGCGGACAGUAGAACUGACGCUCGCCCUCCCCCCUGCCAGUAUCUUGCUGCGGUUAGGGGCCGCUCGAGCGUGCGCAUUGAAUACCAAACCUGGGUUAUCCUUCUCUUCCGCUCUUUGA